GGGCCCGGCCGGGGGUGGGGCGGCGGACGCUCCCCCUUCCCCUGGCUCCAGCCAGCGCAGGCAGCGGCGGCGGCGGCGGUGGCAGCAGGCGAGGAUCCGCGGCCCCGCGAGGCCAUGAAGGUGAAGAAGGGCGGCGGCGGCACCGGACCGGGGGCGGAGCCCGCUCCAGGGGCCUCGAACCGGAGUGUGGAGCCCACGCGGGAGCGGCGGGCGGAAUCCGAGUCCGGGUCCGAGUCCGAGCCAGAGCCAGGCCCCGGGCCCAGGCUGGGGCCGCUGCAGGGCAAGCAACCCAUCGGGCCGGACGACGUGCUAGGGCUGCAGCGGAUUACGGGCGACUACCUGUGCUCCCCCGAGGAAAAUAUCUACAAGAUUGACUUCGUCAGGUUCAAGAUCCGGGACAUGGACUCGGGCACUGUCCUCUUUGAAAUCAAGAAACCCCCUAUCUCAGAACGGUUGCCCAUCAACCGGCGGGACCUGGACCCCAAUGCCGGGCGCUUUGUUCGCUACCAGUUCACACCUGCCUUCCUCCGCCUGAGGCAGGUGGGAGCCACGGUGGAGUUCACAGUGGGAGACAAGCCGGUCAACAACUUCCGCAUGAUCGAGAGGCACUACUUCCGGAACCAGCUCCUGAAAAGCUUUGACUUCCACUUCGGCUUCUGCAUCCCCAGCAGCAAGAACACCUGUGAGCACAUCUAUGACUUCCCGCCUCUCUCUGAGGAGCUAAUCAGCGAGAUGAUUCGUCACCCGUAUGAGACACAGUCUGACAGCUUCUACUUCGUGGAUGACCGGCUGGUGAUGCACAAUAAAGCAGACUAUUCCUACAGCGGGACGCCCUGACCCCCCACCCCCACCCAGUGCCCCUGCCUCUGAGGCUGUGGCCAAGUCCCUGUGCUGUGACCUCUCCAAUGUCAUCUCAGCUUGGGGACGGCUCCAGUGGCUCUGGACCCUGAGUCAGUGUUGGGAGGAAGGGUGCCCAGCAUCCCUAGGCCAAGCCUCUGAAACUCAUGGGCCUGUCAUCACCUGGGGAAGGGCAGUCGGGGAGACUGUUUGCCCUCGUGUUCAGGAAGGCCUCCUGGAAGCAGAGGACUUCUGGACACCUCACCCGGCCCACUGGGCCUGAGUUUCAGAAUAGUGUUCUCUUCUUGAGGCUGUGACUAGAUCAGGUUAGGGAUCCAUUCCCUGUCCCCCGCCUGCCACUUCGGGCUAUUUAUAGUUGUCAGUUCAUAGAUGAAAAGCCACAGUGGGUACCCUGGUCUCAGCCCUGGCCCUCCUCCCUCAGGGGCCAAGACACUGCCCAAGGUGUGAGAGGGGCGGGUCCUGAUUACAGCCUGUGGUAGGACCUGGACAAACUGUAAAUAGUUUUCAAUAAACCUCCUUUUCUGUUC